GUCUGUGGUUGGUGGGCGCAGGUCUCUUUCGAUUAGCAGGUUAGGGGGAGGUUCCGAUUACAAUUUACAGGCGAACCCGAUCCGCGGCCCGCCGUUCCCUUUCCCAAUCCCGUUUGGUCAGCAGUCGUCUUCGAAGUCUUCGAGUGUUCAAGGCCGGCUAGGGUUCGUUCCCGCUUCCACGCUCCUCCCCUCCUCCCAAGCGGCAAUCAGCGAGACAAGCAUCCAAGCGCGGUGCCAGGGAUUGCAUCAUUUUUGGUGUAUCUCAGGUCUUGUCAAGUUUUUCGAAUCAUAACAAGGCAACAGAAUUAGGAGAAUAGGUAUAAUAAGUGUUGCUUCUCACUAUUUUUUUUUCUUUUCAGGAUGUGAUUUAGUUUAAUGCCUUAAGAAGUACUUGAGAUCUCUAGUAUGAGAUUAUUACUAUCUGUGCAGAUUGUACCAGUUUUGAGCAAAAGUUGCUUAUCUCGCAUUGGAUUUGAGAGGCCUUGCCUACCAGUUGGAAUAUUUAACAAAGGGAUAACGUGCAGCUAUUGCCAUUCUGUUCCAGUUAUGGCUGGUGACAUUCCCACAAACAUUUCAAAUGGUAAUACACAACACGAUCCUAAAAGGACUUUUCAGGUUGUUGUUGCUGCCACUCGAAAUAUGGGUAUUGGGAAGGAUGGGAAGUUGCCAUGGAAGCUGCCAUCCGACCUUAAAUUUUUUAAGGAGGUUACUAUGACUGCAUCAGAUUCUGUAAAAAAGAAUGCUGUGAUAAUGGGUAGGAAAACAUGGGAAAGCAUUCCCCUUCAGAAUAGGCCUCUGCCUGGUCGGUUGAACGUUGUGCUGACACGCUCUGGGAGUUUUGAUAUUGCAACAGCUGAGAAUGUUGUUAUCUGUGGAAGCAUGAAUUCUGCCUUAAAGCUGCUAGCAGCAACCCCUUAUUGUCUGUCAAUUGAGAAAGUGUUUGUUAUAGGUGGUGGCCAGGUAUUAAGGGAAUCUCUUAAUGCACUUGAAUGCGAAGCCAUUCAUCUCACAGACAUAGAAACAAACAUUGAAUGUGACACUUUCAUCCCUCCAAUUGAUUUUUCGGUAUUUCAACCAUGGUAUUCAUCCUUCCCAUCGGUAGAGAACAAUAUCAGGUAUUCUUUUGUGACAUAUGUUCGUGUGCGAAAUUCAGCUGCAGAGCUUCAUACUCUGUGUGAUGAGGAAAAACCGGAUGUUAAAUUAUACUUGAAUAAGUUUGAGGUUGAAAAGUUCUUAUUUCUUCCUAAAAUGAUCCAUGAAAGACAUGGGGAAUAUAUGUAUCUUAGACUUGUUCAAGAUAUCAUAGCAAAUGGUGCCCAAAAGAAUGAUAGGACAGGGACUGGAACACUGUCAAAAUUUGGUUGUCAGAUGCAGUUUAAUUUGCGAAGAUCUUUUCCGCUGCUUACAACCAAGAAAGUAUUUUGGCGAGGUGUUGUUGAGGAACUCUUGUGGUUCAUCAGUGGUUCAACAGAUGCAAAGGUUUUACAGGAAAAGGGUAUACAUAUCUGGGAUGGCAAUGCAUCAAGAGAGUACCUUGAUAGUGUUGGCUUAUCAUGUAGAGAAGAAGGCGACUUAGGACCAAUAUAUGGGUUUCAAUGGAGACACUUUGGUGCUGAGUAUACCGACGUGCAUGCUGAUUACACUGGGAAAGGAUUUGAUCAGCUACUGGAUAUAAUUGACAAAAUAAAGAAUAAUCCAGAUGAUCGUCGCAUCAUUCUUUCAGCUUGGAAUCCUUCGGAUCUCAAGAAAAUGGCCCUUCCUCCUUGCCACAUGUUUGCACAAUUUUAUGUGGAGAAUGGCGAGCUAUCAUGCCAAAUGUACCAACGGUCUGCAGACAUGGGUCUUGGUGUGCCAUUUAACAUUGCGUCGUAUUCACUUUUGACAUGCAUGAUUGCUCAAGUUUGCGAUCUUUUGCCUGGGGAUUUUAUCCAUGUUAUAGGAGAUGCUCAUGUUUAUAGAACUCAUGUGAGGCCUUUAGAAGAGCAGUUUCAAAAGCAACCAAAACCACUCCCGAUUCUGAAGGUCAACCCUUUGAAGAAGGAUAUAGAUUCCUUUGUUGCAUCUGACUUCGAGCUUGUUGGGUAUGACCCGCACUACAAGAUAGAAAUGAAAAUGGCAAUAUAA